AUGACCGUCACGGUUCUCGCCGCCCCAAAGACGAAGAUUAAAACCACGACCAGAAUCGGAGAGCGCGAACCGCUACGGGAGAUUGAUAUGGCUGCGUCCCAGGCGCAUCCGCGUUCGGCGUCUGGCGGCGCGAGCGGGAGUGGCAGGGGGAGGGGCGGACGAUCGAGCGCGCGAUUGAAUAAGGGACAGGAAAAGGGGGAGGAGGAGGUUAAUGUGAAUGGCGGGUGGGGGAAGAGGAAGGCUGUGGCGUAUGAUGAAGAUAUUGAGGGAUUUCAGUUUACGCGACUGCCCAGCAAGAAACCGAGGUCGUCGGUUGAUGCUGCACCAGAGAACUUGAACCCCAUCCCUGAGGUACCACCACAGCAAUCGCCUCGGCGAGGGCGACCGCCGAAAAAGAAGAAGACAGAAACGGCGCCGGAAGAAAGCGCGGAGCACACGGAGAAGAGUGCGGAAGUGUCAGGCAAGAGGCAGACGCGACGCAGGAGAUCCGCGGUUACAGAGCCAGAACCCCAACCCCAGAGUGUUACACGUUCAUCGACGCGGAAGCGCGAGGAGACUGAAUCUGUGCCCAAGGAGAAAAAGCGACGAAAAGGGAGACCGAGCAAGACGGAAGGCGAGGCGAGAAACGGCUUUGUGUCGCCUGAACCACAGCAGUCGGGAACUGCGAAGAUUGCGUUGCCUCUAGCCGAUACGCCUGUGAUCCAGCGGAACAAGGAGAUGCGAAAAGAGGCCAAAUCGGAGAAAGGAGGGAAGGGGAGGCGAAGUAGUCUGGGGAUGAGAGGAAGGAGGGCCAGUUCACUGAUUGACUCCGGGGCAUCUAACGCGUUACCUCAUAAAGAGGUCGACACGGCUGAUUUCUACAAGCAUAUUGCAGACGGGCUCCCAGAGCCGCGGAGGAUGAGGCAACUUUUGACUUGGUGCGCAACACGAGCUAUAGGAGAUAAACCUACAGGAGCGCAGCCGGAAGAUGCCAGUGCUCGUCUAGCUGCUCGAGUAAUACAAGAAGAACUGCUCAAAGACUUUUCAACGAAUUCCGAGCUCUCGAAUUGGUUUGGGCGGGAGGAUGUGAAUCCGCCUGCUGUUGUGGUGAAGAAACCGAACCCGAAAAACAUCCAAAACGCGGACAAGAUCAGAGAGCUUGAGGAGCAAAUACAAAGGUUGCAAAGGGAAAGGCAUUCCCUGAAUGAACUUUUACGACCUCCAUCUAUUCCACGACUGAAGCCCGAAUCAAAGCAACCGCCAGAUACAUCUCAGGAUCAAGGCUCAUUACAAGCCGAAUCGGCCGACCAACCGACUCGAUCACUAUUGUCUUUGCAGCCAGAGUCGAUAGAUACCUCGUUAUUAGAGCCUUCGCAGCAGGAGAUCUAUGCCAUGUUGCAUCCUGAUACAGCAAAGGCACGACGAAAAUCGCAAUCGCAAGAGCCAUUGGCCACUACGCAAUCGGGCCAUCUACCUCCAAUGCCACCAUCUGUCGUAUCUGCCCGUCUAUCCCGAGUGGCAUCAGGCUUAGCACCAACUCUGGACUCGUUCGCAGCCGGCGUGCACGACAUCGAGCUAUAUCGCGCGAUGUCGGACGCAGUCUCGACACAGGUACUACGCAUCUGUGCGGAACGACUGGAAGAGCGUGAUGCCAGGAACGCGAUGAGGCGACUUGCAAUUGAGGGAGGCGAAGCCGAAGGCGGACGUGUUAGUCUCCGACACGGAAGACCAAGGGAGGAUCUGGGAGUUAUUCUCGGGGCUCUCAGCCGUGUGGAGCGACGGUGA